GAGAACUGAGCCCCAUAAAAGAAUAGCGUCGACGCCAACGAUUAUUGUUAAGAAUGGUUAUUGUUCCCAAGACUCGACGAACAUUCUGUCCAGGAAAGUGCCGAAAACAUACUUUACAUAAAGUAUCACAAUAUAAGAAAGGAAAAGACUCCCUGUUUGCUCAAGGAAAGAGAAGAUAUGAUCGAAAGCAAAGAGGUUAUGGUGGUCAAACGAAGCCAAUAUUUCGAAAAAAGGCCAAAACGACUAAGAAGGUAGUGUUACGAUUGGAAUGUGUCGAUUGUCACUACAAGACUCAGCACACUUUGAAGCGUUGUAAGCACUUUGAACUGGGCGACCAAAAGAAAGUUAGAGGUGGCGUUACUUUUUAAAUAAAACUUUGUUUUAUUCGAAUUGCUUCAAAGGUCGAAAGAAUAUAUGAAAAAUUCCCAAA